GAGGAAUUUCCGUUGAGCGCGUGCGAGCGUGCGCGCGCCGGCACCUCCUCGCGUGCGUCACCUUCCCCCUCCCUCGUCGCGCGCCGCCUUGCCUUGCCUUAGCCUUGCCGUUCAGUUCAUUCAGCCGGCGCCUCAAGAGAGGGAAGGAGGGAGGCCGGCUGCUGCUCCUCUUGCUGUUCCUCUUCCUGGCCGCCCUCCUCUCCCCCCUGCAGCUCCAUCCGACUGAGGCAAAGAACGACGAGUCUUGAAGUAUGAAUUAUGUAGGACAGCUUGCAGGACUUUUGGUUACUGUGAAGGAACUGUACAAAGGCAUCAACCAGGCUACACUUUCAGGAUGCAUUGAUGUAAUUAUAGUUCGGCAACAAGAUGGUACAUUCCUGUGCUCACCAUUCCAUGUCAGAUUUGGAAAGCUUGGGGUCUUACGUUCCAAGGAGAAAGUGAUUGAUAUUGAAAUCAAUGGAGAAGCAGUUGACCUUCAUAUGAAACUGGGUGAUAACGGUGAAGCAUUCUUUGUGCAGGAAACGGAAGAAAAAUUUGAAGAAGUUCCUGCGCAUUUAGCAACAUCUCCAAUACCCACAGAAGCACAAUUCUUCAAAGAUAAUGAUGAUUAUCUAUUAAAGCCAGGUACAAAUGAAAGAAUGUGUCCAAGCCAAGACAUUUCACAGAUGGAGGAAUCAGAACCUCAUUUUUCCUCUGGGUCAGUAAAGAAGAAGAAACGAAGGAAAAGAAAAUGUAAACAAGAUUCUAAGAAGGAAGAUCACAUCUUUUCUCCUGGAAUGGAAGAAGUAUUUGAAAUGGAAAUGAGCUCAGAUGAUGACAGAAGCCUUAAACCUGUAAGAAAUACUUCAGAUUCUCCACCAAAAGAUGAAGACUAUAAAGAAUCAUUGAUUUAUCAUUCUAAGGACCAUUACGCUUUGUCAGAUGGAGACUGGUCUCCUUUGGAAAACCAAUUUAGUAUGUCAGCUUGCCCUAAAAGCGAUUCAGAACUGGAAGUUAAACCUUCAGAGAGCCUACUUAGAACAGAGUCUCACAUGGAAUGGACAUGGGGAGGCUUUCCAGAAUCUACCAAGAUCAGCAAAAAGGAAAAAAUUGAACAUCCUAGAACAGCCACAAUCGCUCCAUCAGAGAACACUCAUUUCAGGGUGAUAUCAAGUACUGAUACAGUUGAAGCUGAUCUUUUGGUGAAUGAGUCUGUCUGUAUGAUAUUGAAGCCUGAACCAAGAACUCACCCGCUACUUAAGGAGCUAGAUAUUAAAGAGAGACUUAAUUCUGUAAAUACAGAACCUGUGUUGGAAAUGUUCCAAAGUUCAUUAGCAUUGGAAUCUGAUACUAUCCCCAGUCCACUGGUAGAUUCUCCAUCGGAUAUUAAACCACCUGCAAAACUUGAUUCUCCUUCAAAGAAAAAAGGAAUACACAAGAGAAGCCAGCACCAAGGGCCAGAUGACAUAUAUUUGGAUGACCUGACAGCUUUGGAACCUGAAGUUGCUGCUCUUUAUUUCCCAAAAAGUGACUCUGACCCAGGUACUAGGCAGUGGGUGGAGUCUGAUACCCUUUCUGGUUCCCAGUCUCCACAAUCCGUGGGAAGUGCUGCAGCAGAUAGUGGUACAGAGUGCAUGUCUGAUUCUGCAAUGGACCUGCCUGAUGUCACAUUAUCUCUUUGUGGCGGUCUGAGUGAAAAUGGGGAGAUAUCAAAAGAAAAAUUUAUGGAGCAUAUCAUCACUUACCAUGAAUUUGCUGAAAACCCAGGACUUAUAGACAACCCUAACCUAGUAAUAAGGAUAUAUAACAGGUAUUAUAAUUGGGCUUUGGCUGCCCCCAUGAUUCUCAGCUUGCAAGUGUUCCAAAAGAGCUUGCCACAGGCUACAGUUGAAUCCUGGAUUAAAGAUAAAAUGCCCAAAAAGUCUGGGAGGUGGUGGUUCUGGCGUAAGAAGGACAGCUUGACUAAACAGCUUCCAGAGACAAAGGAAGGGAAAUCUGAAGCUCCAAAAAAUGACUCAUCAACAGCUGCAAAGGAACAAAAUGAAAGCCGGCCUACAAAUGAUGAUUCUUCUAGUGAUGAUGAAGGAUCACGAGAACUGAAAGAAUCCUUAAAAAUAGAUUCUUCACAUGAACAUUCAAGCCACGGGAAUACUACCUCUUAUAAAAAGUCACUUAGGUUGUCUUCAGAUCAAAUUGAGAAGUUGAAACUUAGAGAUGGACCAAAUGAUGUUGUGUUCAGCAUUACAACCCAAUAUCAAGGAACCUGUCGUUGUGCAGGGACAAUAUAUCUGUGGAACUGGAAUGACAAAAUAAUUAUAUCUGAUAUUGAUGGUACAAUAACUAAGUCUGAUGCCUUAGGACAAAUUCUCCCACAGCUUGGCAAAGAUUGGACGCAUCAGGGUAUUGCAAAGCUCUACCAUGCUAUUAAUGAGAAUGGCUAUAAGUUUCUUUAUUGCUCUGCUCGUGCCAUUGGAAUGGCAGACAUGACAAGAGGAUAUUUGCACUGGGUCAAUGACAAAGGAACAAUCCUGCCCAGGGGUCCAUUGAUGUUGUCUCCUAGCAGUUUGUUCUCUGCUUUCCAUAGGGAAGUGAUAGAAAAGAAGCCAGAAAAGUUUAAAAUUGAGUGUCUAAAUGAUAUCAAGAACUUGUUUGGUCCUUGUGAACAGCCCUUCUAUGCUGCUUUUGGGAACAGACCUAAUGAUGUCUAUGCCUACAUGAAAGUUGGAGUUCCAGAUUGUAGAAUAUUCACAGUAAACCCAAAAGGUGAAUUAAUUCAAGAACAGACAAAGGGAAACAAAUCUUCAUAUUACAGACUGAGUGAACUUGUAGAACAUCUGUUUCCACUUCUUAAUAAAGAACAGAACUCUGCUUUCUUAUGCCCGGAAUUCAGCUCCUUCUGCUAUUGGAGAGAACAGCUUCCAGAGGUGAAUGUAGAAGAUUUAGCUUGAACAAUAAGCAUUGUUCACAUUGAACCUUUUCCCAGAGAGCCCAUUUUGGUGCCAUGUGUCUUAUUAAAUACAGGAAGCGUCAUGGAUUUGGCACAAACCAAUGCAAUUCAGUACUGAUCUCUCUUUUUUUCUCUACACUUUUUAACUGUCUGAUUAAAAGCAUUGGAAAGAUAACUGUCUUUGAAAUAGCAGACCACCAAGAAGACAGAAGACAAGAAAGAACUGGAACUUUUGGGCUGCUUUGCAUCUCCAUGCAUACAAAUCACAGUGGUUGUGUGUGAUAUUUUACUAGUUGUCAUGUAUCAUCUUAGAAGAAAAUAGGAAAAAAUUGUAAAACUGAUAGCCAGUACUAUAUUAGGCAUAUUACAGAGUGAUAAGAGAAAGUAUGUGAGGUGCAUUAUAGGCAAUUAUAUCUAGUAUUUCAAUAGCCAUGUCGGCUAUUACAGGUAGAACAUGUGAGGUUUUGGUUAUUCAAUACUCCUUAAAUCUCUCCAAGUAUUUACCAGUUAGUGUGUGAAGGCUACCCUCAACUUUUAUUGUCUAGAAGGAAAUGAGGGUUGAAGUCAAGACAGCACUUUCGUUUAGCACUCACUUGUGGUCUUUGCCUCUUGCAGUUGGUAAACAAAUCCUAUACAGCAAGUAGGCUGCCUGAGCUGCCUUUUGUUACUUGUGGCAUUCUUUUGUUUCGUAAGAAGCUGUAUCAAAUUAAACUCUAUGGGAUAUCAUUUUUGCUGCAAAAGCUGUACAGUUGACAUCUCUUAACUGCACUUAGUAUCUCUGCAGUGUAUGAUCAGUAGGCAACAUGUAAAUUCACUUUUCAGGGAUAAAUUCUUGUGUUACAACAAACAUAAUAUGUGUAGUCAGUACUGUUAAUGCCUUUACAGAACUUUAUAUCAAGGUUUUUCCAUUUGACAGUAGGAUCCUUGUGAGAAGUUUGGUGUAUUAGUUAUAAAUGUUACUUCAGAUAUUCUGUUUAAAAAAAUUGUGACAGUGGCACAGUGAAUCCAGCAAGCAAAUGAAGUGCCAAUUCAUUGCUGGAACUAUUUUGGGAAUAACUGGUAAUUUCCUGAUCACCAUGUAGUCAAUCUAGUCUAGGUUGAGAUGUUGUUGGACUUCAGCUCCCAUAAAUUUCUCUAUGCUAUACUAGCUAGGACUGAUUGGAGUUAGAGAGCCACAGUUACUCAUUUCAUGUAAAUCUAUUAAAUAUUGUAAAUUAUUUGGUAGGUACAGAAUAUGAAGCUGAUUCUUAUUUCACAUCAAGCCAGCUAUGGUGAAAGUGCCUAAGGUCUAGAUGAAGCUUUUCCCAUCAGAAAUACGACUUGGCUCAUUAGGAUCUCUCAUAGAGCCCAAAGCAGUGGCUUGCUCUAUAGUGUGUUUGGGUAGGAAAUAUGCUGGUAUCAAAAUUUACAAAUGAUCUUCCAGCUACCCAAUGACCCAAAUCCUUUCCUCCAAUCCACCGUACAUCAGUAUAUCUCUCCUCAGUAUUGGGGGGGGGGGGGAGUGAAGACAUAACUGGACACACUGCAUCUGAAGAAACAUCUUGAGCGCAUCCAAAUGCAGGAAUAUAACUCACACAGGAAAAUAGUGUUCCUGUUGAUUCCCCCCUACUCUCCACUAUUGAUUACAUUGCUGUGUUGGGGCUAUUUUCAAGGUGGGUGAGUGGGGCUAAGCAUUGGGAGACACUGCUAGAAAUGCAGCUACAUAGUACAGAUAUUUUUUGGAUGGCACAGAAAAGUAAUCUAUUACUGUGCUUCAUCCUGUGUGCCAACCCUUCAAGCUAGGAUCGGGGUUUUCUCUCUUGUUACAACUAUUGGCACUCUCCUCAUUGCCAACAUUGUUUUAAUUCCUGCAAGAUCUUGGCUGUCAUGUUCCUGAGGCUGUGCAGUAAUAAUCCAUGUACAUAUAUAAACAGUAUUGGGCUUUGCUGAUGUGUGGAUCGACUUUCUAAUCAGAUUGUAAGCAUCUCUGGCCCUCCAGUUGUUGUUGAGGCCCAGUUUCCAUCAACCUCAGCUGGUCUGAGCAGCUGAUGGGAGUUGUAGUUUAUCAGCAUAUGGGCUGGAGAUUCUACACGCCAAUGUUAGACAUUAAUUUCUUAGGAUCAGAAAGUACAAAUCAUAAAACUCUAGUAAAAAAUUGCAAUAACGGGUGGAUUUCACUAGCAUGUGAAAUUGGUUCAUUUCUGUAUUACCUUGCAUUCUGCAAAGGAUUCUGUAUACAUGCAGUCUGCCUGCAUUCUGCUCUUUUACAUUCUGAGACCAAAUAACUGCUUUAUUCCACACUUUCAACAGCAUUUUACUCAUUUUUAAUAGAUAUGGCUCCCUCAGAAAGUGGUAGUUGAGACAAAAUGGUUGGAUGGAAAGAUCUGCAUUUGGUUCUUUACCAUUAAACAUUUCCAAAAAGCUUCCUGAAGGAUUUUCUUCCUUCAUUAUAGAUAGACAGAGUCCUGCUGAAGAGUGUUAUUGAACUACCUUAAUCAAAGCACGUUAAAUUUAAAUAAAUAUGUGCUUCUAAAAAUUGUAUGCUUGUGUUUGAUGAUUCGUUGGUCUAGCUUUGAAUAGUUCUAUGCAGGCCAUGAAUUUUACCUCAGUCACUCUAGCUGACUAGUGUUUUACAGUGCCAUGAUGCUGAGAGGCAACCUGUCCACUUCAGCUCAUCUUUGGUCUGUUUCCUUGCUGUAGUAGAAAUGAAUGGUUUGGAGCUGGUUUGGGGAAACGAAGCUAAGCUACUUCAUCUAUUUCAGAUCAGCAUGCUAUGUUGUUCUUUCUGUGAAAGAGAUAGACACUUCUGUGUAUGAACAGUCUUCAAAAUGAUCUCUUUGUGAAUGCAUUUCCUGUUAAUUUUGGAGGUGCAUUGAACAGCAUCUACUGCACGUCUAAAAUGAUUUACCUAGAAUUUGUCACUGAAAGUUAAUAUGGCAGUUUUAAAGGACUAAAGUGGGAAAUCAUAGUCAAAAUCUCUUUGCUGCAUUUAUGUAAAAAUAAGAUAUAAACUGUUAUGCAAGAAAACAAUCAUUUUAUAUUACCAUUUAAGGUUAGGGAUAUUGUGUGUGUGUGUGUUCAAACUAGUAUUUAGAGAAGAUGUGUGUGUGAGAGAGAGGGGUGCAAAAAAGUAUUCGUAUAGUACAGAAAAAGUGUAAUUUUUUUCCAAAAUAUUUGUGUUAUUAAUAUGCUGUUCAAAAACUGUCUUCGUUUGGAAAACUCAAUACUUUUUUAUAUUAUAUGACACAGAAUGGGAAAAUUCUAGUGGAUUCCAUUAACUGUGAUGUAGGCUUACCAUUAGAGUGCAAAAUGUAACAUCCUAACAACUAAUGCAAAAAUAUGUAAUAGGAGAUGUAUUCGAACGACUGGUUUUGAGGCUAGCCUUUUAACCCAGGAAGUUGUCUUGUUGACCAACAAAAUAUUCAAAGACUUUUUGAGAGUAAAUGUCUAUUUUGGUUGGUUCUAAAUAUAAGGGAGGAGGGAACUCUUCAUUAAAUCCUAUGUAACUGUGUUAAAAAAAAAUUUUGUUUUGAUAAGAGUUUUACUCAUUUAUCUAUCAGUGAACAUUCCAGUGCAGUGGGCUUUUUGUUUUGUUUUUCUAAAGACUGGAUCUGUUAGGAAAAAAAAGAUUCAUUUUGUUGUAUUUAAUGAAACUGACAAUAAAACCUCACCAAAGCUUA